AUGGCCAUGAAGCGAAAGGCUGCAGAAGGCGCACAAGCUGCGGCGCAAAAGAAGCUGCGGGCAGAUGUGGACGAGGAAGAGCAAGUACAACUGGGCUGGCAAUCAGACGAUUCGGGCGACGAGUGGAAGUUCGAUUACACCGAGAAGGGUACCUUAAGGGCAGACAGCGAGGCACGCCGCCAAUGGAACUACGUCUGCACAUUCGAGGGCUGCGACAAGCGCUUCAAUCGGCCAGUCCGUCUAGAGCAGCACAUGCGAAGCCAUAACAAGGAGCGGCCAUUUGCCUGCUCAGCUCCCGGAUGCGACAAGACUUUCCCGCGCAAAGACCAUCUCCAGCGACACAUCAAGAACGCCCACAGCGACCCCGUCGUCGAACGGACCUACACAUGCAGUUGGCCGGGUUGCGGGAAGAGCUUUACGUCCAACGGCAGGCUACAGAGGCAUCAAGACGUGCACGAGUCAAAGUUCUACUGCACCCAGUACCCGCCUUGCUACCAGGCAUUUAGGAAAGAGAAGGCCUUGGACGCACACAUCAAGAUGGCGCAUCUGGAGGUGAAGCCCUACCCAUGCACCUGGGUGGAUCCAGAGACAGGCGACAGAUGUACACAUGGCUAUCAGACCGAGAGUGCGCUGCAGCGUCACGUAUGCAAGGCGCACGAAGAAGGCAACGCACUGUUCUGCAUGAUCUGCGCAGACCCAGGACACGGAGCGGAGACGCUACAGGGUGGACCAGAUGACAUGUUCGAGCCUCCGCAGCUACUGUCAUUCGCAACACAGGAAGAGCUCACUGCACACGUCCAGCAAUAUCACCCACCCGAGUGCAGCGAAUGUGGUCAGCGCUUCAAGAACGACUCAAACCUCAAGUCCCACUUCGACGCAGUCCACGGCGACCCCUCUGCACAGCCGCAUUACCCAUGCCCCAAGCCCGAUUGCACCAGCAGCUUCAACCGCAAGUACAACCUCGCCAUCCACAUCCAAACCGUGCACGACAAGGAAGCCCGAUACAAGUGUACCCCCGACGCCCUACAAAACUCCAAACACGACGACCUCAAGAACUGGGACGGAGCAAACGCAUGCGGCACCGCCUUCAAAGCCAAAUCCUCGCUCGACCAACACGUCCGCACACACCAUCUCGGCCUCGGAACCCGCAAACAACUCCGCAAAGCCGCAAAGUCCAAGAAGAAACCCGAGCCGUCGAUGCUCAGCAUGCUCACUGGUGUGGGAUACGACAAGCACAGAGAUGUCCAGUGCUUGGUCGACACGUGCCAGUAUCGUUUCUACAUGGACCGCGACCUGCGCCGUCAUCUCCGCGCUACACACAACAUGGCCGACGACGACAUUGAAGAGAUGAUUCGUGAGCGCGACGCUUUGACUGGUGGUCAGUUCUGGAUCGGUGGUCUUGAAGAAGAUCCGGCGAGCAUGUUUGACUCCGUGGAACCGAGUAUGCCGCAGACGCCCACGCCGUAUUUCGUCGAAGGCGCGAUGCCGCUUCCAAAUGACGUGGAUGUGCAAAAGCAGCCCCGGCCACAGAUGGGUUUCUUCGAUGCGCAGUUCGAUAGUCUGAGUUUGAUGAAUGAAGAUGCGGAGAUGGACAUGGCCAUGGGCUUGGGUGGCGUGGCGCCUGCGACGGAUGUACAGGAGGGACUGCAGUGGGGGAUGCUGGCGCCUGUGGAGCAGUUCAAUAUGGCUGAGCAGCGUUGA